GUUGUUUCUGCGCUCGGCUGAAGCCUACUACUCGGAGUUGAUUGCUUCAGCCUGGCCGUUCCUUGUUUUUGUAUGAUGAACUGACACAGGGAGUAACAGCGGGUCUGACAGCGAACGGUGAGAGGCCUUCGCCCCACCCCCCCUCCGGCCCCGCAAUGGACCCCUCUGCACGAAUCCAGGGGGUCCCUCUCAAGACCCGGGGGUCCUUCCGGAAAGAGUCCUUCAGCCCAAUCUCACCGCUGGGCCUGCAGACCCUGGUCAGGAGCAGGAAGGAGCUCUGCACCGUGGUCCUGGAGCUGCAUGGGACAGAGGCGCCAUGUCUAACUGAGAUUCAUUUUGUAUGUUUACCCAGUCAAGCUGAAGGAGAUCACUUCACACUACAGGCCCUGCCAUCUGUCCCUGCCAAGCUGCUGGAGUUGCUGAAGUCCCUGCAUGUGCACAGCCUAACAGACGAAGAGGUGCUGCUGCUCGAAGAGUCAAAGAAACUUCUAGAGAGAAACCGCAGUGUUGCGCAGACGAGCCGCUGGAGUCGAGCCGCCUGCGUGCUGCGGCGUCCCCACUCCCCCUCGUGCAGCACGGCGGCCAUCUUGGCUCUGCUGAGCCGCUACAUGGCCGGCUUCCGGUACGCCCUGGAGCUGCAGGCGCUGCACAGGUCCGUGCCGGACGGCUGCCAGGCCGAGGACGACGACACCAACCAGUCCGUCUCCUCCAUCGAGGACGACUUUGUCACCGCCCUGGAGCACCUGGAGAAAGAUGACGCGACAGACAACCUGUUGGCCGCUCCCUUCAGCCAGCGCAGCCAGCGGGAUGCGGCCUCCCAGACUGUCCCCUCCCACCGCAGAGAUGGGCCAGAAUCCAGCGUCAUCAUUAGCUCACGCGGCAAGGGGUCACCAGCCAAACCAGCCAAUCGGAAGCCCUGCCUGGACGUGUCGGUGUCGGUUCAGAGCUCGGUGCCGGCGUGGGCGUCUGGGCCAGAGAGCCAGUGGAGCUUCUUCAGCCCAAGCGGCCCUCAGAAAGGACACGCCUCCUCCGCCCCACUCACAGAGUCGGAGGAGUCCGACUGCUCCAGCCCCAGUCCCGUCAUCUUCCUGGACGAAGUGGGCUACCAGAAGAGCCUGGAAGCAAAGCUGGAUAUUCCAAAAAUCCCUGUCCUCAAGGGCGGGGUGGAAGAUUCCGAUUCAGAAGUGAGCGAGUUUUUUGACAGCUUCGAUCGCUUCGAUGACCUGGACCAAGCUCCUGAGAGCACCUCCGAGCCGCCCAAUGAGAUGAACACUGCCGGUCAGACUCAGAAAAACACAUUUCCAGAGGACUGUACCUCAAAACCUGCUACAACAGCCAUGAACCCCCACAGAUUCGACCACCCCGUCCUUCCUGCCAACAUCAAGAAGCCCACUCCGCUCAAACCAGGAUCGCCAUACGGGUCUCAUCCCGACAUCCCAGAUUCCCCCCGUCCCAUCAUGCCCUUCUGUGAGGAGAGUGGGGCUCUCUUCAGUCCAGUCCAACCUUCAGCCUUCAGUCCUAUGGGAGAGGGUGCAAGCAUGGAGCAUCUUGGGAGGGCAGAUGAAGAAUGCUCAGAACUGCAUAAGCCCCAGGACCUCUGCACUCUCUACAAAAAAUACUCUGAUUUUGCCAGUAACAUAUCAAAGGAGAUUCUUAGUUCAGUCUGUGGGUAUUCAUCUCCUGUUGACAUGAAUGUAAAUAAAAACCUUAGUUGUGUUUGUCAUAAAGAGUUUACAAACAGCAGUGGGCACCUGAUGAGGUUAUCGGAAAUCCAGGAGGCGGUGACUGUAUCCCAAUCACAGAAGCCCCAUACCCUGAAAGAGGGAAUACAGAAGUUUGCCACGGACCUGGUGGAGAUGAGCCUGGGCAGUGCCUUCAGGGACCUGCAGAAGGGCGUGGCCACCUGUACCACGACACUGUGCCAUCUGGCCGCCAGGCUGACGUCCUCCGUGUUUCAGAUGGCCUUUCAGGAGAUCGGCGCGAGGCAUGCGUACGUGCUAAAAGAGCACGCCGUAAACGGUUUAGCGGGCUUCCUGGUCGGCGAGGCGGUAUCCGGGGCCUUGAAAGAAUUCCACUUUGUGAAAAAACAGAUUUUCAACAACGCGGUCGCCAGGUUUGCAGCAGAUCUCGCGGAAGAGCUGGUGUUCGAGGGCAUCAUGGAGGUUUGCCAGUUUUCGCACCCGUCUACACCCCUAACCCCGAGCGACUGGUCUUUCCAACGGGAGGAAGAAGUGGUCUCUGCGUACGCCUCAGACCUCUCUGAGUCUGUCCUGCAGGAAGCCUUCAUCGAGUUAUCCCAGGCAGACGUGACCUUCACUACAGAGGCUGCCAUCAGUGUGUCUCUGGACAAUAUCCGCUACGUCAGCGCUGAGGACACCACACACACUACAAAAACCUGCAAUGCUGCCACAAGUUAUUUUGGAUCACAAUGCACAGCCAAGUCAGUGAAUUCUGAGGCAGAAAAUGGCUGCACUGUGGGAAAAGCUUUGUUCUGCAUGUCUGGGAUUGCCAGUUGCAUUCCGGUCCCUGCUGCUGGGAAAGGUCUCUCUCAGAUCCAGAGCCCGACAGAAACCUGUCAGUACAAAUCCAGUAUCUGCCGUACAUCACAAACUAGUCCGAGGAAGAGCAACUUUUCUGAACAAUGUCAGGUGAUGACGUCAGCAUCAGGCACUUCUGCGGCAGUGCAAACGAACCUUCUGCCCCCUGCUGGUCAUGGCCGAGAUGCCUAUAGUGAGAGGCGUACAUUGGAAGGAGCAGCAAGUUUCACACCCUACGAGCCGGUUUCUGGUGCUCCAUUGUUUAGGAAGGAUAAAGUUCCCAGGUUCUCUGGAAACAUGUGGGACACAACUGAUAGUGCAGAUUACAAGCUCACAUCUCCCACUGAAGUUAAAAAGAGGGUGGAGGGCUAUUCUGGCUGUUUGAGCAGAAAAACGGAAGUUUGCGUUCCCUCGGUUGAUCAGGCAUGUUCCUCAGAACACACAUCAGGCAAAGGGAAUGCAAACAUGUCCCUCCUUACCGAGCACUUUCCUCAGGAGAAGCUAGACAUGUAUUCCCCAUUACCGGACUCUGUGUUGCAUCAGUUCCUGUCUGAAGUUAAGUGCACUAAUCCACACAAUGCUGCUAAUCCAAGUAAACAAGGUAUUACUGAUCAGACCUCCCUGUUAUCCACAAAGUCAGCCUAUAAUUCUCAGUCGAAGAGCCAAGGUGUGGAAGUGUCCUCUGAGAUGCUUCCGCUGUCUGUGAAGGACUCUCUGGAGGUGCCCAGUUUUGAACUAGCCGGACGUGGCUGUAAAAAGUUUGCUCAUGAAGAGUUGCUCCACAGCCCUGAGAGAACAUGUAGUGGAGACCCAGGCACCCCACCAUCUACCCCUCAGCAGGGUCCACCAGCGUCCCAGGAAAAACAGAUCAAGCAGUUCUCCAAGAAGCUCAAGAGCAAGCUGGCUAAGGAGUUUUCCCCUGCCACGCCUCCACCCACGCCCCGUUACCAGCCUUUUGGGGCAGUCACAGAGACUGGGGGGGAGGCUGGGAAGGCAGACUUCAUACUGAAGCUCAUGAGGUCUCUCUCUGAUGAAGCGGGUGGCAUGGAGGAUGUUCAGGACAGCCAAGAGUACACCUGUGGACCUGGAACAGCAGCCAAAUACUGCCAGGUCGAACUAAACCUUCCAGGGGAAACUGAUCACAAAAUGGUGGAAAAGGGAGCCCUCUGUUAUGCUGGACGUUUAGCGAGCCACAUUGUUUCCAUGGCUACUGAGAUGGACAAUCUGGGUUUGGAAGAUGGACGGAAGUUUGAGGAUAUUGGAGGCAAAGAUGGCCUUCCUGUGCGCACUGCACAGUUUUCUGAAGAGACUUUAAACUCUCUGUGGGCCUACGCUGGGGAGAUAGCAGGGGAGGUCAUUUCUGAUGUGAUGAAGAUGACAGAUGUCAGUCACUGCAGACACAGAGCCUUGAAAAGAACAGGGGAAAUUUGCCCUGAAUGUCAUCAACACGUGGACCACAGAGACUUCAGGCUCACCACCAUGGUGGACCGGUGGUCAAGCGAUCUUCUGGCCUCGGUCAUUAGCGUUCAGAGCUCUGAGUUGAGCGGCCACUCUUCUGGAAACCCCAACUGUGAGAGUGUUAAAGAUGAAGAUGCAAGUUACCUCAUUAGGGUUCUGCAGAGAGGAGGUGGGCAACGGGAGCUCAUUUUGGACCAGUAUGCUAGCCAUCUGGCCUACCGGUCCAUCCGAGCAGGACUGGCCCAGGCGGAAAAGAGGAUCAAGCAGAGGUCUAAUCUGAGGCUUAACUCUUUCAGGGGGUUGCAUCACAAUGUUGCCUGUGAGCCCUACAGCAGUUUUAUGAUAGAGAUGCCUUCUGAGGAUGCCACCAGGAAUGCAUGCUCUUCUAGUAAAGCACUGCAGUGUGCAGGCCAGGAAACCAGGAACACUGACAGGCGGGAAUACAUGGAACUUGUAGUCUUUGCAGAAUCUUUGGCAUACAACAUCAUCUGUGAUGUCACAAGGAAGCUCAGACCACCAUCCGUUCGGUUGCCUAAGUCCUUGACGGACUCGUGUCUGUACAAAAAGUCCACGGUGGAAGACACGGCCAAGAACCUCGGCAAACCCACAUGCUUGUGCAGUUCAGUGCCACACACAGAGAAACCCAAACAGUACCACAGCACCGGGAGCUUAAAUGAUGAGAAUUAUAGCGACGGUAUCUUUAAAGUCAUUGAACACUAUGCAAGGAAAAUCGUUGAUGACACUUUGGAGUUGACAGUUGCAUCGUCAUGCCCUCACCCUGUGGAGGACAGGAGCAUGGCAGACAGAAACACACACGCCCACCUGCUUUCAGAGGGAACAUUACGUUCAUCCUUAGCUGACCAGAACGGUUGCUAUCGCCUGACUAGGGAACAUCCAUUUUGCAACAGUGUGUUCAGGCACGAGCCCUUGGAAGUGGACUGGAAGAGGAGCCGGGACUAUGAUGUCAUGUCAGAGAGCUGCUGUAACCACACCAGGAUGUGUGGUUUUGAAAUUCCGGAAAUCCACAUUGAUUCAGAGAAGAGGGCAGAAUUUGCGGAGGCAGUGGUGUCAUCGGCGAUUGAGAAAGCCAGGAGAGACCUGAGCAACAGCAGCCUGAACACAGACAGCGGGAUCGGGCACGAUGGCCCCCGCCUGAACAUAGACAGCGUGAGCGGGCACGAUGGCCCCCGCCUGAACACAGACAGCGGGAUCAGGCACGAUGGCCCCCACCUGAACACAGACAGCGGGGUCGGGCACGAUGGCGCCCGCCUGAACACAGACAGCGGGGUCGUGCACGAUGGCCCCCGCCUGAACACAGACAGCGGGAUCGGGCACGAUGGCCCCCGCCUGAACACAGACAGCGGGAUCAGGCACGAUGGCCCCCGCCUGAACGCAGACAGCGGGAUCGGGCACGAUGGCCCCCGCCUGAACACAGACAGCGGGAUCAGGCACGAUGGCCCCCACCUGAACACAGACAGCGGGAUCGGGCACGAUGGCCCCCGCCUGAACACAGACAGCGGGAUCGGGCACGAUGGCCCCCGCCUGAACGCAGACAGCGGGGUCGUGCAUGAUGGCCCCCGCCUGAACACAGACAGCGGGAUCAGGCAUGAUGGCCCCCGCCUGAACACAGACAGCGGGAUCGGGCAUGAUGGCCCCCGCCUGAACACAGACAGCGGGGUCGUGCACGAUGGCCCCCGCCUGAACGCAGACAGCGGGAUCAGGCAUGAUGGCCCCCGCCUGAACACAGACAGCGGGAUCAGGCACGAUGGCCCCCGCCUGAACACAGACAGCGGGGUCGGGCACGAUGGCGCAAGCUUCGCUGAGAGUCUUGCCACCGAAAUCAUGGCGUCAGUGUUGACCAACGUCUGCCAGACCAUCAACAUCAGCCCCCUGGGGAGAGAGAGGACGCACACGUUGGAGUUGCUGGGCAGCCAGGGGCGGAGCCUGAGCGCUGAGGGGCGGAGCCUGAGCAGCAGGGAGGACAGCCAGGGGCGGACCCUGAGCAGCGGAGAGGACAGCCAGGGGCGGAGCCUGAGCACUGAGGGGCGGAGCCUGAGCAGCGGGGAGGACAGCCUGGGCAGCUGGUCCAACCUCAGCCUGGAGGAUGAACACCUGGACGAGAGCAGCAGCUUCCUGCACCUGAGUGACAGUAAUGGAAACAGCAGCAGCUGGAGCAGUCUGGGGUUGGAGGGGGAGGAGCCUGUGUCCCUUUCUCCGUCUAACAGCGACGGUCCGGAGGAGAAGGAGGCGGAGUCUGCGGCUGACGUGAACGCAGCGCAGGUGUGUCCCGCGACUGUGAGGCUGCUGGUGCUCAACAGCGACCUGGGGGGGCCCAGCCUGGACCCACAGGUGAGGGCGGUGCUGCAGUGGAUAGCCGCCUCCCACUCUGACCUGCCCACGGUGCAGCUGGGCCAAUCAGGCGAGGUGGAGCUUCAGCAGCUGCCAGCGGUGCUAUGCCGGGUUCGGCAGAGGGGCUGGACGGCCGGAGACCUCCUGCAGGCCCUCCUGCAGUACUGCGAAGGGCCCGAAACACAGCCAGGAGCACAGGGACCCUGCAGCAAGCCCUUCUUCCAUUGGCUGCUGGAACACGCCUAGACCCCGCCCCCCCCCCCGUCCCAGCCCAUCCCAGCCAAUCACGCUUAGCUACCGCUCAGAAAACGCUGGACUCAGAGAGCACCAGCAGCCACGUCAGCGUCAGUCAGGACGUUUGGCCAAACGUAGAGGCCCGGUCAGUGCACCCUGUCUGUUGUCUCCUGUAUUGCUUCAGCACUGGACAGAGGGGGGGGGGGGGGCUUACACAGGGACAGGAGCUUGUGUGCUGAUUGGUUACGCAGUGGCUGAAGGGCGUGGCUCUUAUCCAUGUAUGCAAUGUGUCUGUAUGGUCAGUGCCAGCGUGUGAUCAUCUGAAACCAUCUGUACUUCAUUUACAUUCGCAUUUAUAUCUCAUUUUCUGUUGGAACGGAACGGAAUGAACACCCCCAGUAGGUUAAAAAAGAAGAAAUAUCCAUCCAUCAGGGAACCCCCUCCCCCAAGGCCCCCCCCACACCCCCCCGGCUUGUUCAGGGAAAACUGCGUCAGCUCUGUACCUUUCCUCUGUGGGGUCGUCUCCACAAGUUCAGGGACCAGCCCAACCAACCGCUCCUGCUUCCAGAAGGUUCCGUUAAUUGCAGAAGGCGCCUGACCCUCAUAACUCAGACAUAAGUCUAGUGGCUGUGUGACCAGCCGUGGGAGCGUUACCGGCGCGAUUAUUUAGUGAGUGUUCUGCUCAAGACACUUUUCAGACGUUUUUGGACACAAAUGAAUGUAGAUUCAGAGAAUCGCAGGAAUAUUGCGAAAGUCGAAGAGAACACUGAAGUUUGUUUGAAAGAACUCUUGGCGCUGACGCACUCUUACAGGAAAGGGUCCAGCAAUCUGUGAAUGUAUUGAGAUAUUUCAGAAGGGUAUUAAGUUCAGUUUUUCACAGCAAGUGUUUAAAGCAGUGUGUUGUAAGUAAUGUGCAAGUGUGAAACUCCAAAACCCUCUUACCAGAUUCUUCUUUAUGUGUACAGUUUUACAGAGAAGCAGAAAGUGUCUGAGAAGGUUAUAUAUGAGGUUAUAUCGCUGCAGACUUUGCCUUAAUGUGGUUUGGAAGGGCAGGAAAUUACUUUUAAACAUGAAGGAAAAGUAUUAUUUACAAAAUCACACACCAGCAUUAUAAGGAAAAUGGAAAUGCUUCCCACAUAACGAAAUAGCAGAAUUCCCAGGACGGUUGCACCUCUCCUGGUUUAAGGAAAGUCGUCAAACGGGAAGUCGUCAAACAGGAAGAGUGACACACUAGGUACAGAGCGUAAUUACUGACACACCUCCAGUCUGAACCACAACAGACACGGCGCGCAUAUCUCAGCCGCCCGUCACGUCCAGAGCCUCGGUCCGCAGCGUGGGGUCUGGAAUUUUCCACAGUAUCAGUCCAGUCUAAUCUGUCAUUAUACUGACCGCUGGGCAUGUGAGGGGCGGGGGGGGGGCGAAGAACGAUGGGAUUUUGGGAGAAAUGGAUCAGACCUGGGGAACUGACCACAUGAGAGAGGACCAAACCACAGAUUCUUCUGUCACAGGCUUCGGGAAUGAUCAAACGAUCAAAAGACCAAUGGUUCCAGUGUUGCGAAAACGUAAAGGUCACCCGCGCUCAGUACUCACUUAACACAGCCUAGAGAGCGGCCAGAGCGGCGGGAGCUGCGGGAGCGGCUUUCAGAUCACAGUACAGGAGUAAACAAGGACAAAUAAACCUGGGCCUGGAUGAAUAAAGCAAUGAGCCGUUUAUUCUGUCCGUACGGUGGCUUUGAGUUCAGAUAUAAAUAUCAUACGCUCAUCACAUGACAGUUCAUACUUAAAAACUGCUGUUUUUGCAUGGGCCUUUUCUCUGUUGUCAUGGUAAUUAUCCAGUGAAGUUGUGUUAAUAGUGGUGUACUGUAAUUUCCACAGCUCUAUGCCCUCUUCGGCUCUGAUCCGAUUGGCCCGUUGUACGUGGCCAUUGUGACGUCACAGAAUUAUUGCCGUUUUUGGCAGAGAAGCAGAAUGGCAGAGGGGUCACUGCUGGGGAAGUGAUUUUAAUGCCACUCAAUGUAUUAAAAACCAAAGGAUAUUAAAGCAGCCUUUCAGUGAACCGACGCUAACGCUACCACCAGCGCUAACACUACUACCAGUGCACUUCAGCGUUUAACAUGCCUGCAGAUUUGGCUGAACACCGAUAUCACAUUUUGAGGUUUUUUUGUUAUUUCCUACGAGGCGUACUGCUGUCACCAUCUGCCGCGAGAACUUAAUUUUCGACCACAUGUUCAGCCAGAAGCACGGGACGCUGAGUUACACCCGUACCGCCUUACAAGUGCACUGCGAAGGCAGCCAAGAGUCAUCCAGUAAAACACUAAAUAUAAUCUGGCCCGUCCCACGGAGAGGUCGGUAGGGUUUAAAAGGAGAAGACACAGGGCCUCUUGCAAUGGCAGGAGCACCUCCACGGCUGGGGACUACAGUGGAGGUGAAGAAUUCAGAGUUAGUAUUACAGUACUGUACUGUGAUGUGAGUAUUACAGUACUGUACUGUGUUAUGAAGAAUUGGCCCAGAGAGUCCUACUACCUGAGAAUCCUAUCUCCUGCUCCAUAUGGAACACACUGUGUGUGUGAUGGGCCCUCUGCUACUAAAGUCACUUUAUUUAAUAUACAUUCUUAUCUUUCAGAAGAGGACCCAACGCUAGUUUGUGUUAUUUAUAGCUGAAUAUGUAAAACAGAGAUUUAACAAGCUAUUUAAAAAUAAUAUUUUAAUACCUGCUCAGCGUUAUUCUCAUCUCAUCAGACACUGCAGCCUCAGCUCUUAUGUGUGUUUCCUGCUUCUUUCUAUAAUCUUUUGCCAAAUACAAUAUCAGAGGACUUACAGUAUGUGCAUAAUGGCAGUGAAGACACUAUUUGUCCUGUAGUGAUAUUGCAUAAAUAGUUUACAGUGCAGGUGGAAGUGCUGUAUUUGUCUUUAAGCAAAAAAAUAAAAUAAAGCUUUCUCAAGUGUA